AUGAUCAGUGGGGUCAUAUCUCAAUCCGCAAUGAAAAAUCCUUCAAAAAGGAGUGCAACUAUUAUCUUAGAGAAUAAAUCAUCACUCAAGAAUAAGCCAACUUGUGACGAAUCCGAAGGACUUAUUUUAGACAAGUACCAUGAAGUUCGAGUCGCUGAAUUCACGCCUGAUGAAGUUCCACAUUCAUGAGAAAAUCAAGCAAAGCUGCGUAGGAAAAGCAGUCAUCAAGGUAGCUGUGCUUGCAUUCUUAUGUAA